AUGUAUAAAGAAAAGAAAAAAGCAUGGGACAUGACAUGGAACAAAAUCACUGUCAGCUCUCCGUUCGGAACAUACUUCGAUCUAGCUAAAGGGAAGAGCAUGGAUCCAUUACAAAUGACGAGCACAAUUGAGGAUACAAUUAGAGAAAUCAUGAGGUUCCAUUUUCCAGAAGACGACCCCAACCAGGACUCUACAUAUCACGCAGAUAUCCGUGCCCAAUCAACCGAGAUUCCAAACUCGGAAGACGAUCAGCCGUUCACACUCGAAGAAAUGCAACGUACGAUAAACUCAACACGCCGAGGUAAAGCUCCUGGUUUGGAUGGCCUCACGAUUGAAACCAUAGAAGAGCUUAGGCUCGCGGACGACAAAAAAAUUCUAUCAAUCUUUAACAAGUGUCUUGAAUUAGAUUAUCUUCCAAAGGAAUGGAAAAACGCAGAGCUAGUAUUGUUCCAGAAAGAGGGAAAACCGAAGUCCAUGCCCAGUUCUUACAGACCUAUCUGCUUACUCUCAGCGUGGGGCAAGGUCCUUGACAAGAUGCUUACGCAGAGAUUAACUACAUCUUCUACAGAAACAAGCAGAAUUUCUACAUUGUCUUCAGUAACAACAUCUAAUGACGAAGAUGCCACGACCUCGUCAAAACCAGGAAAUAAAACACCUAGUACUUCAAGCUUAUUACCUAAGCCUCUCUACUGUAUGUCCAAAGAAGCUUCUUACGGGAAUACUUCUAUCAAAUGGCCGACAACCAGGUUAGGGGAAAAGGCUGAAGUUUUAUGUCCGAGAGGGAGUUUUGGCUUCGCUUCUAGGCUAUGUAACAAAGAUACUGGAGAAUUUGAAGAAAAUCCUGAAAUAAACUGCGAAAUCUUUUCCUGUUCCAAGCCUCCGCCCGAAAAUAAAUCAAGUGAAAGUUACAAGUCUUACAUGGCGGAAUAUUUAAAGAAAUGCCCAAGCAGCCAUUCUGAAAAAGAAGUAUUAGAUUUUAUGAAUGAUAUGGAAAAAGAAAGAAAGAUAAUGGAGAGGAAUGCGUCAUACGAAAGAAAAACCGCAUUUGUGCGAACCGCAAUUGAAAUCUAUGACAGAUUCCUUGAUGAAGAUACUUCAGUAUGGCAAAAUAUCGGGAAAGAAAAACGUGUUUCGAUGUCGUUGGAUCUUAUUAAAGCAACUGAAGAAACAGCAUGGCUAAUUGCUUGCACUAAUACUAUAACUGCUAUGAAAGAAGAUAAUAUAGCUAUGCAGGUAUUUCCUGUAACGGAAAACGUCAAUAAAGUUGCUAUCAGCUUAAGUUCAACGGACGUGGGCUACGUGCACUUACCUGGAAACCUGAAAGCUAAGACUGAAGAUAUUUGUGAGGAACCUGUUCAAAACGGAGUAGCAUCUGCAUUCAAGAAUAUACAACAGUUGUUGUCUCCAGAAAACAGUUUCCAAACCUACACCAUAGCUACUGGUAUAAUUGGCAUCAGCCUAGGAGAAAGUAAUGAUACUUACAGACUACCUCAAGGCAGUGAAAAGUUCCGAAUUGUUUUGUACCACGCUGUGAAGCCUGUAAAUGCCAUCCCAAGAUGCGUCUUUAUUAACAGGACUCAUUUAAACAAGAACACCAGAUAUGGAGUUUGGGACACAACUGGCUGCACGGUGAUCACCUCUAGUGAUUCAUACACAGAAUGCGAAUGCAAUCAUCUGACAAAUUUUGCCAUUCUCAUGGAUUUUACUGGUGAUGGGUUUAGCGAAGAGGACGAAAGGAAUUUGAGUCUCUUGUCCCUCAUAUUCAGCUGUUUGUCUUUGAUAGCUUUGACAUUGACUAUUACUCUAUUCCUGACAGUCCGAUCUCUUCGCUGCAGACGCAAUAUUAUAACCUGCAACCUCGCAAUUUGCUUAUUAUGCAUAAAUAUUCUGGUGCAAUCUGGUUUGAAGAAAGUAGGAACUAAAGUCUGCAUGGUUAUAUCUGGACUUCUCCAAUAUGCUGUUCUAGCAGCUUUCUUCUGGAUGCUUUUAGAAGGAAUUUUGUUGUACAGACUGGUGAUAGUCGUUUAUGAAGUAAAGAAGAUACGAUUACCUCUAGUUUAUGGUUUAGCAUACGGUAUCCCUUUCUUUAUUGUAUUGUUGUCGUGCUUGGUGCGGCCGGAGGAAAUGAUCAGGGAGAAGUAUUGCUGGCCAUCAAAUGAAAAAGGCAUGAUAUGGAGUGUCAUGGCACCCAUUGGGAUUAUUAUUUCGGUGAAUUUUAUUAUCUUUGGCCUGGCUUUGUUUACAGCUUCCCGAAUUGAUAAAAUGAACUCCACAAGUAAUACUUAUAGAGAAAAGAAAACGAAUAUGGUGAAAAGACUAAAAGGUAUGGCUUCCUUGAUGUGCCUUCUAGGAUUAACGUGGGCUUUUGGAUUCUUCCAUGUUCCUAACAGUCCAGCUGUUUCUGCAUAUAUUUUUGUAAUCCUGAAUGGUUUGCAGGGAGUGUAUCUUUUCUUGACUCAAAUAGCUUUGAAUGAACAUAUCCGGCACAAACUCCUCUUCGCCUACAAAGAGAAGGCCGCUCAAUUUUCCUCUGUUAUAACAUCUUGGCACAACAUUGAGAUUAUAACGAAAGCCAACAACAAAGUUCAUGGGGAAACGAAAAAAACGACAAUCACCGAUGUCCGCUCGACUUUGUCAGAAGGCAGGCCUUCAUCUGUGCUGCUGGAUGAUGAUAUCUGCAGGAUGCGACAUGCGUGUUACAUCCAGUUAAAUGAGCAGCUACCAUCAGUUACCGAUUGAAAUCGACUCACAUACAGUUUAAUUUCAUCUUGUAGACAGAUUUGCUAUAAAGGUUUGCUGAUAUCUCUGGGAUGAAAGUAAUUUCAAUAACUUUCAGAUAAAUUUAACAUCUCUGAGUAGUAAAUUAAACAAACAAAUAUUUAAAUAUUUGUUUGUUGAAUUUACAUUUAUUUCAUACUCAUUUCCUACUGUCAUCAAGAAUAUUUGUAUUUAAAGUAAUACCAUAAUAAAGUUUAUUACAAUAAUUCUAGCACAUAAUAUUCGGAUAUUAACUGAAUAUAUUGUUAUGCAAAUUUAAAUUACACUCUAUCAAAUCAAGAAAAUCUGUAAAUAGAGAAAGUCACUACAGGCACUGAAACUAUUUUGAUGUUCUGAGAGAGACAUUUAAAAAGUUAAAUAAAAUAUGG